ACUGUAGUGUACGAGCCCCUUUGACUCACUACUCUUCCAUUUUAUAAGCACUUUUCUUUUGUGAUUCAAAUAGUUCUCUUCUGUAUUCUCACACUGGCUAAACUGUAGAAUAUCCCCCUUCAAAUAGUAAAUUAAAUCUACAGUGCCGAUCGUGAGUAAAGCUACACAUUUUCGAGAGUAAGAGUACAAAAAUUAAACAGUGAGAGUGCGAGUAAUUCACUCCGGAGUACAACGUGAGUACAACUAAAAUUAUAUUACUCGCAUUUUUGUUAAUCAUACUCUAUGAUUAAUUAUAUUUUUACUUGGCGAGUGUACUCACGUAAGAACAGUUUUUAAAGUCAACGUAAUACGCGCGUGAACACAUUCAAUUUUUUUGCAAGAGGUAUUAAAUUGUAAACUUAAAAAAACUUAAAUUAAAAAAAUUAAACUUUUUUUGCGAGAGAUAUUAAAUUGUAAACUUUAAAAAAAUUAGAUAAAAAAAUUAACAUUUUUUGCAAGAGAUAUUAAAUUGUAAACUUAAGUUAAAAAAAAUUAAACUUUUUUUUAAAAUAGUGAAAAAGACUGUGUUGUUUAGAAAGUAAAAUAAAUUUAUUGUGGCAUAAAAAACUGAAAGAGAGAGAGAGAGAUAAAACCGAAAAUCAAAUUCCCUAUUAAUGACUUCUGUUUUCAUUUAUCAUUUAAUAACCUUUGUUUUUGUACUCCCCAGUAAAUUUAGAGUAAGGGAUAAAAAAGCCGAAAAUCGAAUUUCUUAUUAAAUGACUCUGUUUUUGCGCUCUCAAGUACAAUGAGAGUAGGAAAUAAAAAAAGCUCAAAUUUUUAUUUAUUAUUUAAUAACCUUGGUUUUUGUACUCUCGAGUAUAGUAAGAGUAUAAAACAAAGCAGGUAAUUAAAUUUCCAUUAUAAUGACUUGUUUUUGCACUCCCGAGUACAAUGAGAGUGAGAAAUGGUUAAAAAAACGCGAUCGAUGAUUACAAACAAGACAUCGUUAAAACUUUUUGUUGAAAGUUUAUCCAACCAACAUGGCUGCACCUGGUGCAUGGAGAGACUGUCAACUUCAUAAAUUUGUACGACGUAGAACAGAACAAAGAAAAAUUAUAAAACAUGCAUGUUACAGUCAUAAAACUCUUUCAGUUAAUAACUUUUUUGUACAUAUUUUUUUACAUGCAAAUAUUUUUUAUUUUUAGAUUUUUUUAAUAAAAUAUAUCAUUAAACAUUAAACUGUUUCUUUUAUAAACAAAAUCUGUCACGUUAUUUUAGUUUCUUCGAUCUUAAAACAUCUCCACAAAAACAAAAAGAUAAAAAGCUUUAUGACGUCCUGUUUCUACGGAGAUGUUUUAAAAUUAUACAGAUUGUUGUCUGAGUUAUAAAUGUUUCUUGAAAAAUACUCAGAAAGCGAAGUCUGCAUGUGGCAAUUGAUCACCAUGACUAUAAUUAGAUAUCAUGCUGACUCUGUGCUUGCGAAAGAACAUGCUGGAAGUGAUUUCACAUAACAAAAGUAGCGAAAGCAUUUAAGGAAGUAAGAGACGGAAAAGUUGAACUUUAAAUUUUAUUUUUUAUUUUUUUUUAAUUUAAAAAGACCAACUAAUUAAAAAAAAAUUAAAUGGUGAAUUAAAAUUAUUGUCUUAUGUUUUUCUUUAUUAUAACUCGCGAGUAACAUGAUAUAUUUUUUACAGAUUUACUUGGGAGUAGAUUAAUUAUUGCGUACUUGCGUUAUUAAAAAGAUUACUCUCACUUAUUUUACUCACACUCGCAUUGUACUCUCACUCUGAACUAUUUUACUCGCAUUUAUUUGUACUCGUACUCUCAAAGAUGUGUAGCUUUACUCGCGAUCGGCACUGUAAUACACAACCAAACAACCAACUUUUGUAAACCCAUUAACCAAAAAAAUGCUAUAUGCAACGUCUUCAACUAAAUUCUUUAUUUUUUAAAGUGCAACACAAAUAAGAAGCAUGGAUUUUAUUUUGUCGUUAAUGGAUAAAGAUUGUACGACAACAUGGAGACAGAUCUAAACAACGAUCUUUUGCACGGCAGACCAACCAGCAAAUCUAAAAAGUCAGAAUAUGUUCAAACAAUGAGUGGUGAUGUGCAAUCAACACCUUGUCCUUUGUAUUUGCCACGAUGCAUUUCAUCCAGUCAUAACUGUUGCGUCUCUAACAAAGUCAAUAACAACAAGAAAAAUGAAAAUCAAGAAGAUUACUUGUUGGGAAUGGCACACUUUCAGAAUGAAGAAUAUGAUAAAGCCAGAGAAAUAUUUGAAACUUGCGUUGAUAAUUCAGUCGAAGCAAAGUAUCAACUAGCUGUUAUGUAUUACGAUGGUUUAGGUGGAUCGCAAGAAUGUGAAAGGAAGAGGUCUGGAAAUCUGUUUUUUUUUUGUAAACUAAAAAUAGAAAUUGUUUACUUACAAUCAUAAAAGAAAAAUCUUUGAAAUGUGUUUUUUUUCAACGUUGACACUUUCUGUUGUUGACAUAAAUAACACGUGUUGUUUAAAAAAUGCUUGAUAUUUUUUUAACAGUAUAAAGUAACUUAAAAGGUUCGAAAUCGUUGGCAUAUUGUGUAUCGACGACAGUGUUUUCGCUAACACUUACACAGAAUAACUUCCUUCCUGUCGACUUUGGAGAAAACAGUUGCAAAGCUGUGACUAGAAACUCAAAGUUGCUUACAUUUUAAAAAUAGCUUUUAGAUACAUUUUUUGGGAGAUACGUAAAUUCGUUAAGAAAUAAUUGUUUGGUUUACACAUUUUUUCAUAAAUCAAAAAGGUCAAACCUUGGAAAUUUAGGGAACUUUCGCAAAAACAAAAUUUGCGCAAUUUUUGCAUUUUACAAACAUAAAUUUUCGCGAGGGAGGGGGCAUAUUGAAAGAUUUCGCGAACAUAAACUUUUGCAAAUCACCAAAUAUGAAAUGAUUGAACUUAAAGAUUCUUUAUUAAUAAAUAAUAUAAUUCAAACUAAAAUAGGCCAUACCUGCCCAGUUUUUUUCGCGAACAGCAACACUCACAAAUUAAAGAAAAAAUGAUUGUGCAUUCAUAAAAAUUGCAAACUUUACUUAUGGAAAACUAUGGCGAGUUUAGCUAGAAUUCGCUAACAGAAGUUUGUGUUUGUCUCACUUUCCAAGAUGGGAAUGAAAUAUUUUCGCGGACAGAAACUUUUGCGUUUUCAAAACAGCAAAACGCAAAAGUUUUUUAACGCGAGAUCAUACAGAGGUGUAUGGGUAUUAUAAUAUAGAUAAGCGUCGCACAUUAAUAUUUGGCUGGACAACAACAAAAGCUCUCAUAAAAAAAGUAUGUUUGUGUUUCAGACCAAAAUGUGCUAUGAAAUACAAUUCCGAUAUAAGCAUAAUAUAUACGGCUUAAUAAGGGCGCUGUUUUUAUAAUAACAAUGUACAGUAAAAACAAGCUUUCUGAAGUUGCGAAUAUUUUUAUCAGAAUUCUGUAGCAUUUAAAGUUUUUUAAUGCUUGGUUAUAUGUAAAGUCUUCGCGUGUAUCAAGGGAAAAAAGCUACCUCUUGAAUAUUAGUUUUGACAAUAAAAUCUGUAAAAUAAAUAUGUACAUAGUCAUUGUUUACAUUGUUUCAAUGUGAUCCUCUUUUUUCUUUCUUUCUUUUUUUUACUCUCCAAGAAUUUCCUCCGGGCUAACCUGUUGUGUUUAUUUUACAAACAAACCUGUAACAGCAGGUUCUUUUUCCAAAAGUAAGCUACCAUAUUUGAUUGAAGUCAAAAAAUGACCUGUAGGUUGGAGUUGUUGUUUGGGUGCUCUUUACCGUUGGGGUGUUCGUUACUGUAGUUUUAUUUUGUUUAUGGUCGACAACUUUUUUUAAUUUGUUUAAAUUUCUUGUCAUUUGGCGAUAUGCUUGAACGACAUGGUUAGCAAACAUAUGUAAAUCUUCGAAGGUUUUGUUGAAUCCGUUGUCCAUGUUAUUUAAAUCUUUUGUUAUGUUAGUCAAGUUUAUGGUGGUAAUUCUGGCGAAUUCUCUGAACUUCUGCGUCAAUGUGUUCGUUUUAUUAACGAGCAUUUCAUUCAUAUUUUGUUGUUUUUUAUAUUUCAAUUUUAACUCUUGAAUUUCUUUAUUUUGUUUUCGAAUCUCCAUCGUCAAAUUCGAAAUACUUUGCUUUUUCUUCUCCUCUCCUUGUUUCAGGAAGCGCAAAAUGUUCCAUGACAUCCCGUCCAAAAACGCAGUAACAU